CUUGGGCAACGGACGCGCCGCGCCGGGGAAGCCGUUGGGCGCCGGAAGCGGUUCCGGUCCGACCCCGGCGCGCGUGCGGCGGUGGAGAGGAAGCGCUCGGGCGAGGCAGGUCCCGCACCCCAGCCGCGCGGCCGUCCCGUCGCCCUUGGGACGCCUGUCAGGAUGAUGCCACGCCCUGUGAAGCUGACCUUCCGGCGCCUGGCCUGUGCCUUGGCCUCCUGCCGUCUGGCUCCUGCAGGACACAGAGGAAGUGGCCUUCUGCACACAGCCCCCGUGGCCCCCUCAGAGGGGACCACCCCGGUGUUCACCCGUGCCCUCGGCUCUGGGGACAGAACCGCCCUGGUUGACCAGCAUGGCCACCACACGUACGCAGAGCUUUAUUCCCGCAGCCUUGGCCUGUCCCGGGAGAUCUGCAGGCUCCGUGGGUGUGUUGUGGGGGGCCUCCGCCAGGAGAGGGUCUCCUUCCUGUGUGCGAACGACGCCUCCUACGUCGUGGCACAGUGGGCCUCGUGGAUGAGCGGCGGCGUGGCAGUCCCCCUCUACAGGAAGCACCCUGCGGCCCAGCUGGAGUAUGUUAUCUGCGACUCCCAGAGCUCGGUGGUCCUUGCCGGCCAGGAAUAUCUGGAGCUCCUGAGCCCGGUGGUCCGGAAACUAGGGGUCCCGCUGCUGCCUCUCACACCAGCAGUCUACAGUGGAGCGGUGGAGGAAGUGGCAGAGGGGCCAGUCCCGGAGCAGGGGUGGAGAGACCAGGGUGCCAUGAUCAUCUACACCAGCGGGACCACAGGCAGGCCCAAGGGCGUGCUGAGCACACACUACAACCUCAGGGCUGUGGUGACUGGGCUGAUCCACAAGUGGGCAUGGACCAAAGACGACGUGAUCCUCCACGUGCUCCCGCUGCACCACGUCCACGGUGUGGUCAAUGCGCUGCUCUGCCCGCUCUGGGUGGGCGCCACCUGCGUGAUGAUGCCCGAGUUCAGCGCUCAGCAGGUUUGGGAGAAGUUCUUAAGUUCUGAAACGCCGCGGAUCAGUGUAUUUAUGGCAGUGCCUACCAUAUACACCAAGCUGAUGGAGUACUACGACAGACAUUUUACCCAAACACAUGUCCAGGAUUUCGUGCGUGCCGUUUGUGAACAAAAAAUCAGGCUCAUGGUCUCAGGCUCCGCUGCCCUGCCCCUCCCCGUGCUGGAGAAGUGGAAGAACAUCACAGGCCACACCCUGCUGGAGCGGUACGGCAUGACCGAGAUCGGCAUGGCUCUGUCCGGGCCCCUGAACCCCGCAGCGCGCGUACCAGGUUCUGUGGGGACCCCGCUGCCGGGCGUGCAGGUGCGCAUUGUCUCAGAAAACUCAGAGAAGGAAGGCGGCACCCACACCGUGCUCGCAGAGGGAGACGAGAGGGGCACCAAGGUGACCCCAGGGUUUGAAGAGAAGGACGGGGAGCUGCUGGUGAGGGGACCCUCUGUGUUUCGAGAAUACUGGAAUAAACCAGAAGAAACUAAAAGCGCAUUCACCGGGGAUGGCUGGUUUAAGACAGGGGACACCGUGGUGUUUAAGGACGGCCAGUACUGGAUCCGAGGCCGGACCUCAGUGGACAUCAUCAAGACCGGAGGCUACAAGGUCAGCGCCCUGGAAGUGGAGCGCCACCUGCUGGCUCACCCCAGCAUCACAGAUGUGGCUGUUAUUGGAGUUCCGGAUAUGACAUGGGGCCAGCGGGUCAUUGCUGUGGUGACUGUUGGAGAAGGACACUCACUGUCCCACAGGGAGCUCAAAGAGUGGGCCAGAGCAGGUCAGUGCAGCCUUCUGCCUGGGAGAGUAAAGUGGACCCUGUGUUGACACAUGGAAGACGUCGACAUGGCAGAGGAGCAGCUCACCAAAUGGCGGCCACGGCGUUCCCUGCCAGCUGCCAGCACAGCCGGAAAAAGGCUUGGGGUCACGCUGUUGCCACGGGAUGGACACGCACGGUAGCAGUGUGGGGCCCAUCUGCCUCUUGCUGAGCAGGAAACCCACAGGUGCCGAACACAGGUGCAGGGAAGGGGUGGGUCCCGGGCCUGAGGGUGGGGGGAGGGCACUGCUGCCGUUCCCCACACGCAGCACGCAGGCCUGCACACUCAAGGUGCCCACUCGGCCCAGACGCCCCUGCAGGUGCCUUCCCAGGGUUCUCGCACCUGCUGAAGGUGGCCCUCAGCCAGCUUUGCACACGAGCAGCUGAGGCAGGUGAGUUGAGGGCGACGGUGGGAAUCAUGGGCUUGGGGUCAAAGCCCCAGGUUGUCCCCUCUGGUGGCACUGGCUGUAAGCUCCGGCUCACACAAGGAGCCACCAGGCUGGACUGGGUGCAGCUUACAGACAUGGCACGUGCUGUGGGUGCUGGGCCGCAGCUCUUCCACACAGCGCUGAUGCUGCUGUCUGCAGAAUGCACCGUCAGGAGAGAGAGGUCCAGGCAGGCGGGCACAGCCACGGCUCGGCCAGGUAAGGCCAGGAGGGCCCAGGAUGGACGUGCAUUGAGCCAGGCAGAUCUGGAGAGGCGGUGGGAUGCAGAGGGAGCACCCUGCGGAGGCCACUCGGUCAUCAGGAGCCAAGCCUCACCCUGGGAGUCUCAAGGAGGGUGUCCCGUGGCCUUGGACAGCAGCCACCUGGUCCGCAGUCUCACUGGAUGGAGACCCUGAGCUCCUGCGGCAUGGCCAGUCAGGGCAGGGCUGGUUCCCUGGGGCCAUCUGCCGUGUCCAGGAGCCUGGCGCUGCUACUGGCCUUGCCCCAGAGCCCAGCUCUGCCCUUCGUCCCCUCACCUUCCCUCCGUGGGUCCCAAGCUGCGGCAAGUCUUUAAAGUGGGACACCCAGCGCCAGCCCUGCCCCCGACGGGUCCCUCGGCCACUCAGGGCCUGUGUCCUCGUCCGUGACACAGUAACAAGGGGCGCUUGUGCAAGGGCAUGAGAGGGUCCGGUGGAAGUCACGUUUCAGAAAGUUCCUAGCCCAGCUCCCAGGGCAGGCUGCCGGCUCAGCAGGGGGUCCUCGUCUUGCCCUGGGUCCCUGACCAGCGGGCUCCCCAGGGCUGUCCCGGUUGGGAUGGGUGGAGCUUGGUGCCUACAGGCCAGCGAGCGCAUCUUCAAAACCCACUGUGCUUCCAGGGCCUCCAGAGCCCAGGGUGGGUGCAGGGCCCCAGGAUCCACCAGCCAGACCCUGACCAUCUGGGCCGGAUGGUCCCCUGCUGCCCUGCUGUGUGUCUGCGAGGGAGCGCCCUUCCUAGCUUCAUUCCCUGGGGCACAGGGGCAUGUGAGUCCACAUCAGCAAGCAUGUGUCCAGCACAUCCCACACGCAGCCGCGUCACAGAGGAGUGAGACGGACUCCCCGUGUGUCCACGUGGGAGCGCUGUUGGGUGGCCCAGGCUCAGGCUCGGGGUGCCGGGUGGGGGCACAUCCGGCAUCCUUCACCUAUGGUGGCCCUAGCCACAGCCCUGGUCCUCUCUGGAGCAUGAGCCAGUGCCCACCGAGGCAGCCCCUUGUCAUCAGCUCACAGGACACGUCCCCCAUUGGCAGUCUGGUCACUCACAACCAUUCAGUUAUCCCAGAAUGGCUGCAGGUCACAGAGUCAUCAAUCUCCUUCAUUUCCACCUGCCAGCCCUCCCCAGCCUCACAGCCAAGCCCAUUAAGACAGCAGCAACGCCAGCAGCAUGUGGAGUCUUUACUGCAUCAGCCGCAUGCCCGGCGCUCCCACUCCAAUGGGAAACAGCCGCCUCUUAGCUGGAAAAAAGAUGACACCCCGUGCCAGCUGAAUGGACUGUCCCCUGCACACACAAAUAAACACGCACAGACACACGUGUCCAUAAACAGAUCUGGCCUCAGAGCCACCCUCCAGGUGUAGCUGCCCCAGGCCUCAGCAUCUGGUGACAGCCACAGCAAGAUCAGAGCAGCCUCAAGGGCCCAGCAGGAGCCAGCAGAGGCUCAGCUCAGGGGUCUCAGAGCCCUGUGGACCACGUGACUUUACAACGCUGUAAAAGCUAAAUUCCAACACACUUCCUGCCGGGGGUGUGGAUGCAGGACCCACAUUUUAUUCAGGAUUUUGAAGGGUGCAUAAAUUGGCGUCUAAGACCACAGGGCCCGAGGCCUCUUUGUGGAGGAAGUGGGGUGUCUGAUUGCCGAUUCAGUUUCCUUAGGGCUGAGGUUUACUCAAGGUGUCUACUUCUGAGACAGUUUUGAUGGCCUGCAUGCAUCCCGCCCUGGCUUUCAGACCUGCUGACCCACAGUCGCCUCGUCCCUCUGCUGUCCGGGGACUCGAUGGAGUCUGUGCUCUCCUCUCAGAUGCGUGGGGCAUCUCAGCUGCAGGCGUUCUUUGUAUUUUCUCACCUGUCCUGCCACCGCUGACUUCAGGAACUCCUGUGGGCAUCCCCUCCUCUCCCUGCUCUCCAGGGCCCUGAGCUCUCCUGCUGCAGAAGGUGGAUCCCCCUCGCUGGUUUCCUGGUCUCAGGCACCACCAGGGCUGACUUUUUUUUUUUUUUUUUUUU